AAAUAUCAUCGGAGCACUACUCAACAUAUUCAGUUGAAAAGCAGCCAUCGCAGCGAACGCAUCUCGAAAAAUCUUUGAAUAAGAGAGACACCAGAACAAAGUGAACGAACUCGAAAAUACGAAAGCAAAGUGUGUGCGCCAGCAACAAAGAACUAACUUGAUAAAUAUUCAUUGUGCAGAAGAGAAAGUUAUUGAGUCACUCACUACCAGUUGUGUAAUUCCGAACGAGAAGAAAGAUAACCCAACAAUGGCAGUGGCAUUCUACAUACCCGAUCAGGCGACUCUGUUGCGGGAGGCGGAGCAGAAGGAGCAGCAGAUCCUCCGCUUGCGGGAGUCCCAGUGGAGAUUCCUGGCCACCGUUGUCCUGGAAACGCUGCGCCACUACAGUACAUGUCAUCCGAAGACCGGAAGAAAGUCCGGCAAAUAUCGCAAGCCAUCGCAAUGAACAUUCGAGUAACUAACAACUACGGGGAAAACCAAUAGUCCAGUCCAAAAUCCACAGUACAAAGGAAAUAAGCAUGAGCCAACCCAGAAACCCAAAACAGUCACCACUCAUCAGCCGACGGCACUCGAUUUCUACUGCAGUCAAGGACACAACACAACACCCACCCAAUUUUAGUUUACUCAUCAAAGCGAUUGUGAUAAUGGUUUUGUUUCUACAAAAAGCGGAGGAAAAAUUUGAAAAAAAAAAACGUUUUUAUAAAGUCCCCAAUUUUUUACAAACAUUUUUCAAUGAUAAAAAUCAACUUCUUUAGAAAUAAUUUACUCUUAAAGCCUAUUUAAAUGAAUUACUACUGUAAUAGUUUGUAAGUUCUUUUGUAAGACGAGUUUUUCUAAGUUUUUUAAAGAAGAAACCCCAGGAAAAAACGAAAAUGAGUCGAAGUUGGCUAAAAAUUGCAUCAAUUUUUUGUCAAACAAAAAG